UCUUAUACUUUCUUUUUCCGUCUCAUUAGCUUUCGCUCUCUUUUUCUUAUUCUCCGCUGCCGCCAUCGGUUCAACUGUUCAUCUCUUCCCUUCAGCGGGUUUAAAUUCCACCGCCGUGGGGUAAUUCCGACCGCCGUCUGAUAAAUAACCUAGCCGAAUAAAUUUCCUUUAAAGGUUCUUGUAUUCUUCUUUUGUUUGAUUGAGGCGAUAAACUUGAGAAAUGGCGUUGGGACUAAUAUUGGGACUCGGAAGAGUAAUGCGGAGAAAACGUACAUCUUCUCUCGACAUUCUUUCAUCUAAACGAGCUCCACGAGAUUACUACAAGGGCAAGAAUUGCAAGCCUACUGGUUUCCAUACGCGCAAAGGUGGAUAUGUGGUGGUGCCAGAGAAACUGCCUAACUAUGUCGUCCCUGAUUUGUCUGAUUUCAAGCUCAAACCUUAUGUAUCUCAAUGCCCCAUAGAACUUAAGACCAGUGACAACAAUGAAUCAGCUAAAUCAUAAGCAAAGAGGUUUGUACUGACCCAUCAACAUAUAUUGCAGCAUACGCGAAUGAUGUUGGUGAUGGCAUCGAGGGGACUUGAAGCAAAAGACCUAGGAUUCUUUUACUAGUUGUUAGCAAGUUCAGGCUCCGUUUUGGUCUUGAGUUGAAAAACUUGUUUCAAAGAACAAAUAACCGAGGAGAAAAACGGAAACGGAACUCUUAUUUUCACUAUAUAUGAAAACAAGUUGAAUCCGAGAUUUGAAGUUAAAAUUUGGAAGCUGUGUUUGGUUUUGAAUUUUUAAGUAUUAAGGUUAUCGUGCUUUUUGCCUUGUUGGCGAUUUGGUUUCAAUGGAGGGAAAUGAUGCACUAAAUUUAUGCCAAAGAAAAGCAUAUAUUAUUAAGUUUUA